UCAUUAAUUUUUUUGAAAAAGAAAAAAAAAUGCAAAAAUAAAAAUGAAAGCGUAACUGUGUCAACCACAAAUGACUCACGUCCGUUUCAGUGCUUUACUUGUCUAAUUGUCACUUGCGAACCAUUGCAUUGCAUCGUCAGACCAAUACGAAAUGUCUUCCAAUCGUCAUCGUAGAACUCGAAUUUAUGGCAUCAACUACGAUCUUGGAGAGAGAUAUUAUAAGAAGCAAUUGGAAGAUUUAGACAACAAAUCUGAAUACCGCAAACCACGCGACGUUCAUUUUGAUACUGAACUACCUACGAAAGAUGAUAUAACCUCGAAGGUUAGCCUUCUUCCUAAAGAUGACUGUGGAAAUUGUUUCAGCAACAAUAAAAUAUCAGGAAUCUUCAAAGAUUACGAUAUUAAUUUCGAAAACGAUACUUCAAGUCUUCUUCCAAAGAAAACGUUCUUGGAUUUAAAUGAUGAUGACACCGACGCCUUACUCGCACAGAUGAAGCAAAAAAGAGCAAUGAGAAAACCAAUUUUUGAAGAAUCUGAUGACGAUAUAGCCCCGAUAUUUCCGAAGAAAAAAACCGUUAGCUUGAGAUGCAAUGAUGACGACGACGACGACGACUUAUUAUUGUUGAGACCAUCUCUAAAAAUUAAGGAUAGAUUAUCUUCUACCACGGAGAAAAAGAGCUCGAUUGCCAAUUCGGUGGAACGCAAAAGAAUUACAACCAGAGCACUAAUUAGUGAGGAACAAUCGAAGGAAGAGUUGGAAGCUUCAAAUCGGGCACGGGCAACGAAGGCCCGUCUGUUGGAUCUUGAAAGUGAAAUGGUGGCUAUAAAUAAGAAGAACAACGAAAGGGAAAAACGAAAAGAAAACUUACGAAAAUUGUUGACCUCAAGCGGGUCAGAUGUGAAUAUGUAAUGUAAAUGUGUGCUU